CACCCACGAGCUCCCUCCUCUCUUUCCGCCUCCACCCCUUGCGAGCUUGGCACACGCGGCGGCUUCCCUCCUUCCUCCUCACACCCGGCGGCGACGGCGAUGCAGAUGGCAGCGGCAGCGGCCCCCACCGACGCCCCGGCCGCGGCCGCGGCUGCCGCGCCGCACCACCACCCCCACGCGCACGCUGCGGCGGCGGCCCCGCCCCACCCGCACGCGCACGCGCCGCACCCGCACCACCACAUGCCGCAGCCGCGGUGGGUGGUCAUCCCGUACCCGCCGCCGCACCACCCCAUGGUGGCCGCGCCCCCGCCCCCGCCGCCGCAGUUCGUCAAGCACUUCGCGCCGCCGGCCUCGGUCACCCCGCCGCCGCCGCCGUCGGCUGGAUCCGGCGGGAAUGGGGCCGAGGACAACCGGACGAUCUGGGUCGGCGACCUCCAGUACUGGAUGGACGAGAACUACCUCCACAGCUGCUUCGGCCCCAGCGGCGAGGUGGUGACAAUUAAAGUUAUUCGCAAUAGACACUCGGGGGUCUCCGAGGGUUAUGGUUUUGUAGAGUUCUAUUCUCACGCAUCAGCGGAGAAGGCACUACAAAAUUUUUCUGGUCAUGUAAUGCCUAAUACUGACCGGGCUUUUAAGUUGAACUGGGCAUCAUAUAGUAUGGGAGAAAAACGCUCCGAACUUGCAUCUGAUCACUCGAUAUUUGUUGGAGAUUUGGCUGUUGAUGUUACUGAUGACAUGUUGCUGGAACUUUUUUCUAGCAAAUACCGAUCAGUGAAAGGAGCUAAAGUUAUUAUUGAUGCAAACACGGGCCGUUCUAGAGGCUACGGCUUCGUUAGGUUCGGAGAUGACAAUGACAAAACUCAUGCAAUGACUGAAAUGAAUGGUGUAUACUGUUCCACAAGACCAAUUCGAGUAGGACCAGCGACUCCUAGAAGAUCACAAGGUGAUUCAGGCUCAUCUCCACCGAGGCAAUCAGAUUCUGACUCAACUAACAGGACGGUUUAUGUUGGUGGGCUUGACCCCAACGUUAGUGAAGAGGAGCUGAGGAAAGCAUUUGCAAAAUAUGGUGAUCUUGCCUCUGUCAAAAUUCCUGUUGGCAAGCAAUGUGGGUUCGUUCAGUUUGUAAACAGAGCUGAUGCUGAAGAAGCAUUACAAGGGUUGAAUGGAUCGGCAAUUGGGAAGCAGGCAGUUAGACUUUCCUGGGGCCGCAGCCCAGCCAGCAAGCAGUCUAGGGGUGAUUCUGGGCACCGGCGCAACGGCAACGGCAUGUACUACGGGACACCAUUCUACAGUGGAUAUGGCUACGCCUCGCCGGUUCCCCACCCAAACAUGUAUGCUGCGGCCUACGGAGCCUACCCUUACUACGGCAACCAGCAGCUAGUGAGCUGAUGGGGAGAGCUUCUCCGCUCCAUUUCCUCCCAAUGGAGGAAACAAGGUUUUGGUCCAGUAAGCAUAGUAGCGUACGAUGAGAUAUUAUUAUAGGUGGCCAUAAAAAGUGGGCGAGAGAGACGAGACAGGUAUAUGAUGAUAAUGGUACCUGCAGAUCUGUGCUGCUAGUAGAACCUAAAGGAAGCUUGUAGACAAUAAGACCUAUUCUUUCCCGAGAAAUUUUGACUUGCUAAUAAAACUAAAGCUAUCAGUCGUUGUGAAUGCC